AUUGCACCUUUGCGCAACAGCCGCUUCUCCGCCGAGAGGUCCUCGCGGUGCACAAAGACAGCUUCCGAGAGGGCAGCGUCAGCGCGAGAAGCGAGAGGAACUACCUCCGGACCGCGUCCGACCAUCUUAACUCGAAAGCCUGCGUUGUUUUUCCUAAAGUUCAUAAAAGAGGCCUCUGAGAUGGAGGCUACUAACAGCGAAGAUCAGGGUAGCCGGACUAGUGACAAAUGCUGCCAGACUGAGACACUUCAGGCCUGCUGUUACCAAACAACAGAAACCCCUCAAGAGCCUUGUGGCAAAAAUCCAGUUCAUUCAGUUGAGCCCGGUGAUCCACCCCUGCUUCAGCAGCAGCUCCAGACCUCCAAGUCAGGAAUUCAUCAAAUCAUUGAGUGUUUUCGCUCAGGUACAGCUCACCUCAAACACAUGCUGCUGAAGGAGGUUGACACCAUAUUUGAGUGCAAAAUCUGUCGGAGUCUGUUCCGUGGUCUACCAAAUCUGGUCACUCACAAGGAGCUCUACUGCUUUUCCCGACAACCUCAAUCAGAUGAGCCAUCAGAAGGUGGGCAGAGUCAAGCUAUCAAAGAACUUCUUCAAGCCAUUUAUCCACAGAAAGACCAAGAAAAACAUGUCAUUCAGCUGGAGGCCAUUGAGACCAACCCCAAUGCAGUGUUCCAACAAGUGGCACCGGUGGAAAUUCAGGACAUGCCAGAAAACCCCGCCCAUACACCCCAGACUAUGAUCCUGGUACCUGAGAAGAAAAAUCGCCACAAAUCUAUUUUGGCACCCAAAAAGGUCCAACAGUCAGAUUUUGAAGAGGAGAUGGAAACGGAACCUGAAGAACCACCUGCUAAAGAAGGUCAGAGCUGCGAAGAGCAAAUAAAGAUUGAGCCGGUAGAAGGGGAGGAAGAAGAAGAGGAGAGUGCCGCCUCUGAGGUAAAGGAGAUGAGGAUCUCUUGCUGCCUCUGUGGAAAAGACUUCAGCUCCAGACGCAGUGUACGACGCCACUGCCGGAAGAUGCACUGGCAGAGGAUGGAGGAGUUACGCAAAUUUACAGAGACGCGCACAUUGCCUACCAGCCUGCUGUCUAUGGUGAAGGGCAAGCAUCCUGUUGAACCGCCACCUUCUUCUGGGAAGAGUUGCCCAGUGUGCAAAAAGGCCUUUGCCACCAAGGCCAAUGUUCGUCGCCACUUUGACGAGGUCCACCGUGGUUUGAAGCGGGAUUUGAUCACACCGGACAUUGCCACAAGACCAGGCCAGCCUCUUUUACUUGACGCUCGUCCUCCUUCACCAGCGAAAGCACCAAGCUCUCCUCUGAAGCAAGAUAAGACACAGUACAACCUGACAAAUUGUCGCUGCAAGCUGUGCAAACGCAAGUACAGCUCCCAACUAAUGCUUAGGCGGCACAUGCGAAUCGUCCAUAAGAUGCCCAUUCUAGAAAACCGCUCUCAGAAGGCCAAAUCGAAGUACGAGAGAAGAGAUAAGGUUUACCCAAAGAAAGAGUCUAUCUCGAAAGCUUCAGAAGAUGAUGGAAACCACAGUGUGAGUUUUGACUUUAAGAGGAUCUACUGCUGGUUGUGUAAACGUCAGUUCAGUACCAGUCAGAACCUGGGCAAGCACAUUGCCGAACUGCACACCGAUGGGAAUGACAGCAUCUACAUCAAGUUUUACCGAUGCCCCAUCUGCAGAUACGAGUCACGCCGGAAGCGCGACGUCAUCCGCCAUAUCACAGUGGUGCACAAGAAGUCAUCGCGCUAUCUGGCUAAGGUUAUGCCUGCCUUGGAGAACCAGGCAGUCAAGAAACCAGCUGAUGCAGUCUUUACCAGUGCAAACAAGAAAACAAAAGAAGAGGGUAGUGGGAAGCAUAAAACGCUAGACCCUCCAGCUUCUCCUAAAAGCUGUCAACACGAUCCUCUUGUAUCUUCCAAAGCAAAGAAACAAGAAUCCCCAACAUCUCCAAACACUCGAAAGCAUUCAGCUCUAACGUCACUUAACACAGGCAAACUCGAGUCUCCGCUUACACCAAAUAGACAAGACAAGAACCUUCAAGCAUCCAAGAACCCUCAUGUCACUCGCAGUCAUAAUGUUAUCAAAGGGCCACCCAUCACCAGAAGCCAGGAGACCUGCACGGAGGUUAGGGUAACGAAAAACUUUUCCCUUCACGCAUGCGAUAUGUGUGGCCGGGCAUUUGCCAAAAAGGUCUACCUUCUCCUUCUCCAGCGAAAGCACCAAGCUCUCCUCUGA